AUGUACCGAGAUUUGAAACGGCUUUAUAGGUGGCCUGGUAUGAAGAAAAACAUAGCUGAGAUUGUGGCUAAGUGCCAAAACUGUCAGCAGGUAAAGUAUGAGCACCAAAGGCAUGUAGGUUUGCUUCACCGAAUGCCAAUUCCGGAAUGGAAGUGGGAAAGGAUAGCUAUGGAUUUCGUGUUACCACUCCAGCUUGACAUGGCACCGUUCAAGGCACUUUAUGGGAGAGGAUGUAGAUCACUCAUAGGGUGGUUUGAGGCUAGAGAUGUGAAACCUUUGGGGGUUGAUUUUGUGAAGGAUGCUCGGGAUAAGAGGUUAGCUCUAUCGCCUAGCCUCUCUGGAGUCCAUCCAGUGUUCCAUGUGUCCAUGUUGAAAAAGUAUCAUGGGGACAGAGAUUACAUUAUAAAGUGGAACUCUGUUUUGUUCGACAAAGACUUUCAGUAUGAGGAGGAACCAGUGGCAAUUCUGGAUCGCGAUGUCCGAAAGAUGAGGACCAAGGAGAUAAAGUUUGUGAAAGUUCUAUGGAAGCAUCAUACGGUUAAGGAAGCUACUUGGGAAAUCGAGAAGGACAUGCAAGACAAAUAUCCCCAGUUAUUCGACAACUCAGGUACUACUCUACUCUUGCUUUAG